GUAUCUCCAGCCUGGCAACACUAAGUGAAAUAUUUAAAUGCACAUGUUUAUUUUAGAAAUUGGUCAAUUACGGGAUGAAUAGUAAUGUUAUAAAAUUGUAGAAUUUUAUUAUAUUUUUCUCAGAUCGGUAGUCUUCAGCUGGCAAUUUUAGAAUUUUAAAGGAAAAAACUCUUCAUACUUUUAAUAUUAGUCUUUAAAUAAAUAUGUCCUCGUUUAAUUAUAAUGACGAUGAUCGGUAAUCAUUGCAUAAAUUGAAAAAAAUGCUUCAGAUUUUUUCGUAUUUCUAAUAUAUAAAGUGAUCAAAGAAUAGAAAAAUAAAUAAAAAAUGGUUGGACUUGAUGAAAACAGUACAGAUGCAGUUAAAAAAGUUUUAUUAGAUUGUCCACUUUGUGGUCAAGAUUUUCAAACAUUUGAGGCUCGUUGCAGUCAUUUAAAAAGUUGUGGUAUUAAAUUCAAUUUAAGUACUGCCCAGCUUCUCAGUGCAGUUCGUUUACAAGAAAAAUAUGUCAAUGAGCGGUUGGCAGCUGGUCUCCCAAAUGUUGUGAAAUCCAGAUUAACAAAACCGAAAACUUCAAAGAAACAACUCCUUCUAAAGAAGAGACCCAAAAGUAAAGCAGAAGAAGAUCUUCAGAUAGGUUUAGCCUUGUCGGAAUCAUUGAAAGAAAGUGAAAAAAAAGAAACCGAGAUCUUUGAAGAAUUUUCUGAAAGUUCGUUAUUGUGUAAUUCAAAUGAGCAAUGUAAAAAUUACAAUGAAGAAAAAUUUCAUGUAAUGAAUAUUGAGAGCAAACAUUUGAAAACAAGAAAAAGGAAAAUUAAACAUUCUGGUAUCCCUGCAUUGUUGUUAAGAUCAGAAAAUGAACGGUUAAAAUUAUUACAAGAUAAAAUUUCUUCACAUUUCACAACAGGGAUAGCAGAAUCUUAUGCAAAGAUAGAAGAAAAUAUUAGCAAUUAUGUAAAAUUCAAAGGAAUUUCUAAAUUAACUGUUAAGAUGACACCUUUAUGGAAUAUGUCCAAAAAUGAAAGUAAUGUUUUAGACAAAUUUUAUGUUUUAUCUUUAAAAAGUCUAAUUCCUCCAAGCAAAUCGCAAAUAAAAAGCAAAGAAUUUACAUGUCAGAAUGAGAAUAUUUCUUCUAACAAAUUUCCUACAGUUUCAUCUAAAAUUUUUGAUACGAAUCAUGAAACUAAUCCAGAUGUAGCUGCUGCUUUGAAGUUAGUUUCAGACUUUAAAACUUUAGUUGGUAACGAAGAAGGUAGUGAUGUUAGAAUUAUUGUUGCAAAAAAUAGAAUAAUUGCAGCUCACAGUAUUAUAUUAAAAGUCAGAUGUCCAUCCAUAAUUAAGGAUCUUCAUUGCAACCAAAAUCAGAAAAAAUUUGAAGUAAAUUGGAAUGAUGUUUCAUAUGAAACUGCAUUAGCUUUCUUAGAAGUUAUAUAUUCUGGAAGUUCAAAUAUUGAUGGUAUAAAUACAACACAGUUAAAAGGAUUAAUAAACAGGUAUCAAGUACAAAAUCUAUUUGAAAACUUUGACUUAGAAAGGCAUUUAAAUAUAAACCAGUCAAUGAUUGACAAUGAACGUCAAUUGCAAAAUAUUUUAAAUUCUAUAUGGAAAAUUGACAAUGAUGAUGAUAAAUUUAAAAAUAAUGAAAUAGAUGAUAAUGAAAGUCAAAAUGAUGAAAUGGAUGAUGUGUAUGAAUAUCUAUCUCAAAAACAAGGUAUUGAAGACAGAAAUUUAAGUUUAGCAAGUGAUUCCAAACCUAACUUUUUUGAAACAUCUGCCACAAAUCAAGAAGAAAGCCAGAAAGAUAAAAAAUGUCAUCAUUUUGGCUUGGAAAAACUUGAAAAGACAACAGAACAUUCUCUUAAUAAAACAAUAUUAUUUGAUAAUUCAAUGGAUGAGUAUAAUGAGAAUCUUGACAUGGAAACAGAACAUUCCCUUAAUAAAACAAUAUUAAUUGAUAAUUCAAUGGAAAAGUGCAAUGUUGACGUUUUAAGAACUGAGAAUAAUGAGAUUCAUAUGAUAAAUGAAAAUAAAUCUGAAGAUUUAAAUUUUAGUUUAAAAUUGUCACACAGUUCCAGUGAUGCAUCAGAAGAAUUAUUCACUGAAGAUAUCCAUGAUUUUCAAGAUUCGGAUAGGCAAAGCAAAAUGAGAUCUUAUAUUCAAAAGGAUAAAGAAUUAUAUCAAGAUAUUCUUGAGUAUAAGCCAUUUCCAGUUUCAGAACUUCACAAAAAAAUGAAAUCUGCCGGAAUUAAAAUUUCUCUACAGUGCUUAAUGGAUUAUCUUGAUGAAGAGUGUAUUAUUUAUACCCUUCCUAAAGGAAGAAAUGUGAAAGAAAAGCAAUUGCAAAGAAGUAAAAGAUAUAAAAGUAGGGUUAAAGGAAGACUUGCUAAACGAAAAUCCAAAUGAAAUCUAGUGUAUAUAAUAUGUAAAUGUGUCAACUUUAAUUGAAUUUUUAAGUUUUAAAGGUAAUACAGUGGAACCUUGCUUAACGAGCAUAAUUCGUUCCAGAAUGUUACUCAUAAAGUGACACACUCAUUAAGAGAAACAAUUUUUCCCAUAUAAACUAAUGUACAAUACAAUAAUGCAUUCUAUGCCACAAAAAAUAUUCAAAUAUCUUAUGUAUAAUGUUUGUUCAAAGAAAAUUAUACAAUAUACAUUUAUAUUAUUUUUAUACAUACGUUAUAUCAUUAAUUAAGAUUCUGCUGUUUACCAUUGUUUUCAGUCUUUCGAUAAUGAUUGUAAAAUAAAUUUAAUGUCAAAUUUAAAAACUUUUUUUAUAAAUAUUAAUGAAUUUAUUAUUAAAAAAUCCUUAGAGCUGUACAGUUUUAAUGAUUAUAAAUAUUUCAGAAAUUCUAAAUAUAAUAUAAUAUGUGCCUUAAUUUUGUUUGUAUUUUUUAUUCCAUUUUUACUUCCCAUUUGUCUUUUUCCUUCCAAAGAUCUUCCAGACUAAUUCUGUGAGAUCCUCAUUCCUGGUGACACAUUCAAUGAACAGAUAGAAAAUGAUAAAAUGCUAAAUAUUAAGGAAUUUUUUAUAUGGAAAUUUAUUUAUGA